GAAUCGAAUCGCCUCGCAGUAAUUUUUUUGGAAGUACAAUUUCGAGGGCGGUCUGUUGUGCGAGUUGUAAAAAAAAGGCAAUAUUUCUUAGAGAUAAAUACAUAAAUACACUUGAAAAUGGAGAGUGCGGUGAAACUGGAUAAUAACACCACGCCGUUGCCGCAACGCCAGCAGCGGGGCAAUCAGCAGCCGAAUAAAAAUAUUGGCAAGCACAAUGCACCCAAGCAAAAUGAUUCGGCCGACGGAGGUCCGGCGGAGAAAAAGGCUCGAUUUGGUGGACCGAAUGCCCAAAACCAGAAUCAAAAUCAGAACCAGAACCAAAACCAAAAUGGUGCUGUAACGGGUGGCGGUGGUAAUGCCCCCAAUCAAAAUAAGAACUUUGGCAACAAGGGUGGUUUCGCUGCCAACCGGAAUCGCAACAAUCAGAACCAAAAUCAAAAUCGUGGCGGAAAUCAGAACCGGACUUUUCCAGCCGCCAAUGUGAAUCAAAAGCCCAACAACGAAACACCAAAAGCGGCCGUUGCAAAUGUGCCUGCCAAGACAAAUGAACCGGCAACAGCAGCUGCGAGCCAAAAUCAACCGAAUCAGAAUGCUAACAAGAGCCAAAAUCAGCGACAAGGGCCAAACCAAGGCCAAAAUCAGGUUCAAGGUCAAGGUCAUCAAGGUGGAGGAGGAGGUCAAGGAAAUCAAGGAGGAGGUCAAGGCAAUCAAGGUGGAAAUCAAGGAGGACAAGGAAAUCAUGGAGGAAACCAAGGAGGACAAGGAAAUCAUGGAGGCAAUCAAGGAGGACAAGGAAAUCAUGGAGGCAAUCAAGGAGGACAAGGAAAUCAUGGAGGAAAUCAAGGAGGACAAGCAAAUCAUGGAGGACAAGGAAAUCAAGGAGGUCAGGGAUAUCAUGGCGGACCAGGAAAUGGUCAAGGCUUCAGAGGUCGCAACGCGGGUAACAACCAAGGCGGAGGUGGUGGUGGUGGCGGCGGCGGAGGACCCCAGAACCAGCAGCGUGACAACAGGAACCGGGGUCAACGCCCUGGUGGUCCUGGUGGCAUGAACAGCUCCAACAUGGGCGGAGGCGGUGGUCCUCGUGGCGGAGAGGACUUCUUUAUUUCCCAGCGAUUGCGCAGCAUUUCCGGACCCACCUUUGAACUGGAACCCAUUGAAGUGCCCACCGAGACCAAAUUCUCUGGCCGCAAUCGCCUGUAUGUGGGCAAUCUAACUAACGACAUCACCGACGAUGAGCUGCGCGAGAUGUUCAAGCCGUACGGCGAGAUCAGCGAGAUCUUCUCGAAUCUGGACAAGAACUUCACAUUCCUUAAGGUUGACUACCAUCCCAAUGCCGAGAAGGCCAAGCGCGCCCUGGAUGGAUCGAUGCGAAAAGGUCGCCAGUUGCGUGUGCGUUUUGCCCCCAAUGCGACCAUCUUGCGGGUGAGCAAUCUCACACCGUUCGUGUCGAACGAGCUGCUGUACAAGUCCUUCGAGAUCUUUGGUCCCAUCGAGCGGGCCAGCAUCACCGUCGAUGAUCGUGGCAAGCACAUGGGCGAGGGUAUUGUGGAGUUCGCCAAGAAGUCUUCCGCCAGCGCCUGUCUGCGACUGUGCAAUGAGAAAUGCUUCUUUCUGACCGCAUCCCUACGUCCGUGUCUGGUCGAACCGAUGGAGGUGAACGACGACACCGAUGGUCUGCCGGAGAAGGCGUUCAACAAGAAGAUGCCCGAUUUCAAUCAUGAGCGCGGCGUUGGUCCGCGCUUCGCCGAUCUCAAUUCGUUUGAGCAUGAGUACGGUUCGCGUUGGAAGCAGCUGCAUAAUUUGUUCAAAACCAAGCAGGACGCCCUCAAACGGGAGCUGAAAAUGGAGGAGGACAAGUUGGAGGCUCAGAUGGAGUACGCUCGCUAUGAGCAGGAAACUGAACUUUUGCGCCAGGAGUUGAGGAAGCGCGAAGUGGACAAUGAGCGCAAGAAGUUGGAAUGGGAGCUGCGCGAGAAGCAGGCCGAGGAGAUGCGCAAGCGCGAGGAGGAGACAAUGCGACGGCAUCAGGGCGAUUUGCAGAGCAACAUGAAUCGCCAGGAGGAGGACAUUCUGCGCCGGCAGCAGGACAAACUGUUUCAGCAGGCGCAGCAGCUAAAUUCGAUGCUCGAUCUGCAGGAAGGAUUUGGCGGCGGUGGUGGCAACGGCGGCGGCGGCGGCAACAACUCUAAUUUCGACAACUUCGGGGGCAACAGCAAUUCACCAUUUGAAGUUUUCAGAGGCAAUAACAACAACAAUUCCACUAUGAUUGGAAACAAUGCUGGUCCGAAUGCACAGGACUCCUUCGCUUUUGAAUUUGGGGUUAACAAUAUGAACCAAGGCGGCAAUCAACGCGGAAAUAAUGGCGGAGGAAAUAAUGUCCCAUGGGGACGCCGACGUUUUUAGACACUGGAGCAUACAUAUGAGGAUGAAAUAAUAACGUACUCUCUCCAUUAUUGAUUACGUUUCACAAUUUUGACCUUGCUUGUUCGCGAGUGAACAAAAUAAACUAGCAUAAAUGGAUCGUCUAAUCGAAUGCACCCCAAUAUGAUUUGAUUAACUACUUAGUCAAAUACUAUCAAUCGGUCCUAGUAAGAGGCAACUAUAAAAUUAUGACCCGCAAAGGAUGAACCUUAAAAAAUACCCAAUUGAAAUCCCAAAAUGAUUGCAUAUAAGUGCAGUACUGCACCAAAAAAGAAAAAAAUAGAACUCAUUACGUGCGUCUAUUUAAUCAUAACGAUAAUUUUAAAUUAUGUAUGUGGUGACUACAUUCUCCAAAUAUGAUUCUUUUUUUAUCCAUAAUUCAAAUUAAAUAUAUACAGAUAUAUUACUAAUCGA